AUGCUCAAGCAGGAUUUUAACCGGCAAGAGCCAAAGCGACGAAAUGUGGCAGACGCUCGCAAACACCAACCCGCCGAUGCCGCCUUCAAGGACUCGACAUAUCCCCAUCGCCUCAACUUCUACACGCAUGCUCCCACUGCCGACAUCACGCUCGAGCAGUUUGAACAAUGGGCUAUCGACAGAUUGAGAGUUCUCUCCGAGCUCGAAGCUUGUUCAUUUCGCAACAAGUCCUUAGCCGAAACUGCCGCCCACAUGAAGCCCGUCCUCGAAAAGUACCUACCACUCUCCUCCAACUCGUCCGCGUCUCCCAAGCUGUUCGAGCAGCGCCAAAAGGACCACUACAGUCACUUCAUUCUCCGCCUCGCCUUCUCUUCAACCGAAGACCUACGCCGCCGCUUCUCCCGUGUCGAGACCAUGCUCUUCCGCCUGCGCCUCGAUACUGACGCCGAGCGCGCAGGCUUCGUCGCCGGCCUCGAUAUUGACUGGUUCGAGCCCGUAUCCGAGGCCGAGAAGAGCGAAAUGGCGGCGGAUCUACUAGCCAUUACCGGCUUUGACAAGCGCACUGGCGCAGUCGAGGACUCGUGGUUCAAGGUUGACUGGAUGCGCGUGCCCGAGCUCGUAGAAUCGAGAAAGGUGUUUCUGCGGGCUGGAAAGGCCUUUGUUCCGAGUCGCGAACAAGCAAGCAUGAUUGUCACCGAGUUCACGUCGCGCUUGGAAAAGCAGCUGGUUCUCACAUCGCAAGCCUUACCCGACCUAGAUGAGGAUGACCGUCUCCUUCCCAUUCUUGAUCACUUGUCCAAGAACUUCGUCACUCCGGAUAGUUCCUACAUGUCCGGCUCCACAGUGCCCGAGGGCGCCGAGAUCAGCGCCCGCAACAUCGACAAUCUCGCCCAGCACUUCCCCGCCUGCAUGUCUCACCUUCACCGUAGCCUGCGGCGCGACUCUCAUCUCAAGCACUACGGUCGCCUACAAUACUCGCUCUUUCUCAAGGGCAUCGGCCUUAACCUCGAAGAGUCCCUCGCCUUUUGGCGCGGCGGCUUCGCCAAGAUCACUGACGACCAGUUCAACAAGGAGUACCGCUACAACGUGCGGCACGUCUACGGCGACGUCGGUGGUGACUCAAACCGCAGGAGCGGCGGCUACAGCCCCUACAGCUGUCAAAAGAUUCUCACUGAGCACGCUCCCGGUCCGGGCGAGGCCCACGGCUGUCCCUACAGGCACUUUGACAUGGAUAACCUCUCCACCCUGCUUCAAGGCAUGGGUGUCACCGACAGGGCUGUGGUACAAGGCGUUAAGGAGGAUAGGGACGGCCGCAGGUACCACAUGGCUUGCAACCGCGUCUUUGAACACCUUCACAAGCCCGAGAUUAAGCGAGCCAAGGACGAGUCAAUCAUGACGGCCGCCCAGCUUGAGACCAUUGUGCAUCCUAAUGAGUACUUCAAGAGAAGCUACCUUUUAAAGAAUCUCAGCAAGCCUCGCGACGCGGAUGUCAAGAUGGAGGACUAG